GCGGGCCAGAAAUUCGAAGCUGACUUCCGGGUCGCGGCGGCGCGGGUGCUCACGUGUAGAGUCUUGGCCUGCAAUUAGACCAGUAAUGGUCAGCAAGACUCAGAAAGCAGACCUGGGCUCACGACUCCCAGAGAAGAAGAAAAAGAAGAAGAAGAAAAAGAGGGUGGUUGCAAAUGUCUCAGAACCAGAGACUCAAUACUCAGUCUUAAACAAUAAUGAUUAUUUUAUAGAUGUUUCUCCUCCAAGGGCCACAUCCCCUUCUAACAAUGUGGGUGAGGUGCAGGUCCCUGAGAUGUUACUGAGCAAGAGAAAGAAGAAAAAAAAGUCGUGUAGCACUGACUUGGAGGAGUACCCGGGGACUGAGCCUACACGGGCAAGGCAGAAAAAGUCACCCAGCCCUAGAAGACAGGUCCUCGAGCCAUCAGCAGAAGGCCUCAUCAGAGAGAAGAAAAAGAAGAGGCGGAAGUCCUUAUCAAAAUCUGCCUCCCAAGGCUCAGGGCUGAAGAGCUCCCCAGACCCCAAGCAUGCCAAGGAGGUAAGCAAACCUGGUAGGAAGUCCAAAAAACACAGGAAGGACAAAAAGGUUCCUGACAUGGAAGCCUUUCCUCCCCAGGACUCUUGGCUCUAUGAGGCUGGGGAUGCUCUGCGCUCAUGCUUAGAGGGGGCAGAGGCUGAGGAGCAGGCAGCCUUGGGGCAGAAAAGGAAACAGGGGAGCCCCAGAGAUCACAGCACCAAGAAGAAGAAGAAGAAGACCCACCAGGAGGGAGACAUCCUCCUGGUCAACUCCCGGAUCUCCAUGGAGAACAGCCUGAAGAGAGGGAGUAAGAAGUCAAUCGGAAGUGAAGCUUUGGAGUUCAUCCCGAUAGACAGCCUGAAGGCCCCCGGGAAAAAGAAAGCAAAGUCCAAGAAAAAAGUGGAACAGCCAGUUGGUGAAGGGCCAGCUGUGAAAAGGAAGAAAAAGAAGAAGAGGAAAGAGAGUGAAGUAAAGGAAGACCCCUGGCAGGAGGAAAAAGAGGAGUCAGACCCAGACUUGGAGGUGGUGCUGGAAAAAAAAGGCAACAUGGAUGAGACCUGCAUAGAUCAGGUGAGACGGAAGGCCUUGCAAGAAGAUAUUGAUCGUGAGUCGGGCAAGACAGAGGCUUCAGAACCCAAAAAGUGGACGGGAACCCAGUUUGGCCAGUGGGACACUGCCGGCUUUGAAAAUGAAGAGCAGAAGCUAAAAUUCUUGAAGCUUAUGGGUGGCUUUAAGCAUCUGUCCCCAUCAUUCAGCCGCCCUCCCAGCAUGACUGUCAGGUCCAACAUGGCCCUGGACAAGAAGUCUUCAGAAAUGCUCCAGCAGAGUCUGCAGCAGGACUAUGACCGGGCCAUGAGCUGGAAGUACAGCCACGGGGCUGGCCUGGGCUUUAACUCUGAGGCCCGCAAGGUCUUCUACAUUGACCGGAAUGCCUCCAGGGCUAUCAAGUUGCAAGAUUAAAUUUUAUUAUCCUGUUCUUCAAACUGCAUUUCUUGACCAGUUUUGCAUCCGUCAAGUUGGCCUGAAAUAGUCACCUGCAGUUACUGAGGACCAAUAUGAACUGCUAAAGCCUCCUAUUUUCUGUGUUAAACUCCUUGGGUGACAGUAUUUUAAUAGUAGCUAGCAGUUGUUGACACGUGGAGGGUUCUGACUAAAUUGUUUUCCUUACAUUGAUAUACUUAAAUCUAAUUGUGGAAUGGGUGCUGUUCUCAUCUCUAUCAAGUUCAGGGAUAAAGUAAUAAAGCGGCCCAGGGUCACCUUCCGUUAAGUGCCAUCAUGAGUACAUCACCCAGAGUCUGUCAGUGAUCAGUGGAGAAAGCAAGUGUUAUGCCAUGACUUCCGAGUUUGUUCCUUCUUAUCAGGAGGCAAGUGUGGCUGAGCUUCCCCUCUGCGGCCAAUACACCUGAGCUGGCUUCUUGCCAGCUGUCAUCCUUCCAUCUGAUUGCUAAGCUUGGAUUUGAUGUUGCUGUACUGGCUGGACCGCAAGGCAUUUUGGACAAUAGGUAAUCCUGCGUAUGGACUCAUGACAUCCUCAGCAACAUGUUCCAUGUUUGUGUUCACUAAACAGAACACCUUGGACACUUGUGAUGAAAUCAAAUAUAAGGAGUGGAGAAGACACUUCAUCUGCUGCAAGCACCAUACCCACCCCCACCCAAAAUAUCACAGCAAUCGUCACGGAGCUCCAGAUACAGAGACCCAUGUGACAUGAUAUUCUCUCCCACCAGCUUUUGGCAGUCUGGUAUCAAGGUUCAGAUAAGGAUAUUUUCCUAUGUCUUCGCCUGAUCUCUCACUGGCAAAAACACUGGCUGGGAAUGGGGAAUGAGGUGUUGGUGGAGGGAUUAUCACCGCACUUGGCCAGGACAUUCAUUCAUCUUUCCAGCACCAUCACCAGUGUUGGUGUCUUCAUGCUGCUAGGAAGAUGGGGGAAAACCCUCUCUACAACCAAAGAAACUUCCAGCAGAUCUUAGGAACCUUGAUGGCUUCAAUCAACUCUGUAGAUGUUCCUUUAUCAGCCCCCUUGAUAAGGAGAUGCCCCUCAUGCCAGCCAGGGAGAGGGUGAGGUGUGCACUCCUGCCAAAUGGGCAGCAGAGGUGAUGCAGUAGUGCCUGAGGCAACUGCCUCCCUAUCUUGUUCCCUAACCUGUGGGCAUAGGCCACGUUGCAAAGACCUGUUUACACCACUUUCCUGGGACGAACUUGGCCUCAUAACUUCAACCUCAAGAUUCAGAAAAGGCCACCUCUGAUCUCAGAUGGCAGAAUUGUGCAUUUGAGUCAACUUCCGGACAAUCUCUCCCGCCUUGGUGAACUCUGGGAACCAUCUGCAGAUGUUCCCCAGAGGUCACACUCCAGUCUUGAGCGUGCCUUAGCUCAUCAAAAACUUGGACAUGGCCACCUCAUGGGUGGUAGUGAGAGCCAGAUCUUUUUCUUAGCUGUUACAUAUACCUCAGUGCUGAAGGACAAGUUUGUAACGUGACACCUCAGCAUUGACGCAGGUGCUCCAUCUGCUCACCGUUCUCUAAGAAUGAAGUCUGGAAGCCAGGACAGCUAGCUGCAGGGCCUCAUCAGAGGGACUUCAGCCCUGUCCGCUGCUCACAAGUGUGGGCCACUUAACGCCUGUGCUUGUUAACCAGGCUCCAGUCCUACUGGUAAUGGCUUGACCUCCCCACGCCCCUUUUCCACGUAUUGCACCUUCCCCAGAACCCUGCAGUCUUCCGCCUGGUGUAGUCUAUCUCCAAGGCACUGGGGUGGGGUCAGUGAUCCAAGACAGCCUUCACCUUGACUGUCUGUCCCUCAGGCAUUUACCAGCUUGGUGGCACUCAGCAAUGUCCUUGUCCACCAGUCACCAAAAUCUCACCGCUCCUACCACUUUGUUCUUGAGCUGAUUUCUGUGCAGUAUCCACUUGGGCCUAUGAGGUCCUGCCCUCAGACUACCAUGUAGCAUCAGACUAACCAGUCAAAAGUCUCUCAGACACAGUUGUCCCCUGCUCUUAGUGCUACUUAGAUUAUGGCAGGCAGAAACACACACACACAGAGCAGAAGGGAAAUUAAAGACACUAAUAACCGGCUUUUAUUAUUAUCAUUAUUUUUGUUUUGUUUUGUUUUUUAUAAAGGGUUUCUUUAUGUAGCCCUGAAGAGCAUGCUAGCCUUAAAAUUCAGAGAUUCACCCAUCUCUGCUUCCAGAGUGCUGGGAUUAAAGGUAUGCAUCACUAUUGCCUGGCUUCAAGCCACCACUGGCUAUCAGAUGAAUUUGAAAUAAGAUCCUUGAUUACCUGAGUAGGUUCUUUACUAAAUUCCUUAACUGGAAGGUAGCAGAAGUGUGGAAGAGACUUGGAAGACACAACAGCCACUUGGGAAGGAAAAGGCCACAAGCCAAGAACACAAGCAUCCUUCAGAAGCCAUGUGGCAUUUCUUUCCACCAGAGUACCCACAAAAGAGCUUAGACAUGGUGACAUCUUCACCCAGCCCAGAGAAACCAAUGAGUUCUGAACAAAAGCAGUCACAGUAAAACCACAGGCAGUCACUGUGCUUGAAAUUAAAGUAAUAACCAGGAAUGAUUGACAGACGGACAUGAGGAAUCCUGUCUUCCAUUUCCUAAACGUCUCUACAUGUCCUUCCCAGGGGAAGUAGAUGCCAUUUGUGGAGGUGGGCUUCAGAGACUGCUCUGUCAGUACCACUUCUGCCCAGGUCAGCAGACUGAUUAAGAGCCCUGUGGUGUGGAUCUAACGUAAGGUUAAGCUGAGGUUAACACAGAAGCACUGGGAAUUCUGCCCAAUGUAGGUGCUUAUGCUGUUCGACCUGGGCAGCCUUGAGGCAGAAGAGUGACUUACAAAGGAUUAUUUGUGAAUUUGCCAGUUACUUUUCAAAGAAUUAGCAUCACAGUGAAAGGGACAUAUAAAAUAAUUUUAGUGGAAACAGUUUUGUGAACUAAAGGCCACUUAGGAGUAUUUCAACAGCACCCUAGUGCAUUCUGAGUUCUGGUAUGCAUGUUCACAGCAGAGGGAAAGGCAUUUUUUAGCAUCUGGUUUUUUUGAGACUGGGGUUCAUAUAUUCCAGACUACCUUCAAACAUGUAACUGGGGAUCUUGAUCAGGUAGGUCUUGAUCCUCCCGUCGCUACCUCCUGACUACUGGGGUUAUAGGUCUGUAAUAUGCACUCUGUUUUAUGUUGUGUCUGCCAGGCAAGCAUUCCACUAAGUGAGCCAUAUCCUUAGCCUCAUCUGUUCAUUUUUGGUUUGGUUUUUUAAGAAAUUUUACUCAAUUCCUUGGGCUGGAGGUACUCAAUAGAUUGGAACCAAAUGUAUGUACAGUAGUAGCCCUGGUCUUAAACUAGUAAAGACAAACACACACACAUAUAUGACUUUAUAACUUCUACUUUCUGAGGUUAGUCAUGUAUAGUGUUUCAGAAUAAAGAUAAAUAAAAUCUAUGCCUAAAGCACAAA